AUGAUCAGCUUCCAGGAGUACAAGCAGGGCUUAGUGGAGGCCGACUGCCCGAAUCCACUGAUCCUCGCCUUGCUGCUUGUGAGUGAAGUCCAGCUUCUGGCCCCUCCAUGGUACGACCUGGAUAAAGCUUUUUCGCUGCUGCAAAGCCCCAGUGACGAUGUGAUCUAUGACUUUGCGCAAGCAGUCUCAGAGGAAGGACGAUCGCUCCACGAGGUCGGCCUUCGGCUUGCAAAAGAGGCAUCACCGUUCCAGCAGCACCUCAUGGCUUCAGCGCCGGCUGCCUGGCCACUUCGCAAAGCCUUGAAGCGGGUUCAGGCGGCGCAGGACCUGCUGGGUGAGGCUGUGCCGCAGGCCAUGUCGGCCGUGCUGCAGAAAACCCAGAGGCCGUGCCGGACGCUCCUUCCAGGCACUGUCAUUUCGGAGUCAAGCAUCUUCACAACCGCCUGUUGGGACAAUCCUUCUGGAAGCUCAGCCAGGCUGGACUUCGUCGUGGCGCAUUGCAAGGAGCCGUUGGAUUGGCUGAGUUCCAAGCUGGUACGUGUCCCUACUGGCUCCAGGCUGUUCAUUUAUGAGAAGUGUGGGGCUUCGACGGACCCGUCUUCCUACUCGGCUGGGGCAUUCCAAGCUGUGCAUGUCAUCUCCCGACCAGACAUAGGAGCAGCCCGUGGUGAUGAGUGCUCCGGGUACUUGACUCACAUCCUGGCUAGCUACCACGAGCAUCUCGCUGACUUUACGGUCUUUCUACAAAGUGAUCCAAUGGAUCACCUUCACAUGGAUUACCUGGACCUGGUGCUGAGGAGCAUCGCCGCCGGCACCUACAGUGUCGGGUUUCUUCCUCUGAACGGUCCUCGACACGUGCGAACGCUGACUCCUUGCCUGCAAGCCGUCCAUGAGGAGAUCUUCGGGGAGAACCUCACGCAACUGGUAGGCCCUUACUGCUGUGCACAAUUUAUGGUGUCCCGGGCUACGAUCCGCCAGCGCAGCCUUGAGUUCUAUGCUCGCAUGUUGAGCCUUGUCGAUGGCUCCCGCGACGUUGAUCUAUGCGGCGUAGAGGGGACAAAACGGAGUACGCAAUGUUAUGGCUUCGAAUUUCUGUGGCAUGUGGUCUUUGGCGAGGAGGUGGACCCCCCCAGCCGUGAAGAUGACAUGCGCCUGCCGGUGUCACUACGAUUGAAGCACGGCAAGGACACCAUGUUGCAAAAGCCCACGCAAGCGAUGUGGACUACCGCGUGCCUGCAUGUGUUAAGGUUGAUUGGACUGGGCCGCAGCAAGCGCGCAAUUUCGUCCGCUUAG